AAAUGGCAAUUAGCAUCUAAUGGCAGGUUCAUUCAUUCAGUUUGGUUUGUUGUCAAUAUUUACAUGAAAAUAUACAAGAAAUGUAACAAAUAAUGGCAAAUCACUACGAAGUUCCAAACUGGGCUGGCAAACCACCCGUUGGUUUACAUUUAGACGUAUUAAAAGGGGAAAAAUUAAUUCAAAAAUUGAUGAUAGAUGAGAAAAAAUGUUAUUUGUUCGGAAGGAAUGCCCAGAUGAAUGAUUUCUGCAUUGAUCAUGCUUCGUGUUCAAGAGUUCAUUCUGCAUUUGUCUGGCACAAACAUUUAAACAGAGCAUUUUUGGUAGACCUCGGUAGUACUCAUGGUACAUUUAUCGGAACACUGCGUUUAGAAGCAUAUAAGCCAACCCAAUUGCCAAUUGAUUCCAGCUUUCAUUUUGGAGCAUCAACCAGAAACUAUAUAAUUCGUGAGAGACCCCAAACAGGUAUAAGGCCUAUUAUAGAUGAAAUCGAAAAAGCUGGAGAGGAAACCGAAGGCGGCUUGCUGGGUUUACCUGAAACAGAAACUGAACUCGACAAUUUAACAGAAUUUAACACGGCACAUAACAGAAGGAUAUCAAUGUUGGGAAUAUCAGAUGAUAGUGAGAAAAGAAAUACAAAUAGGAAGAGGAAAAGACAUUGUGUUUCUUUCAAUGAAGAUGAAGAAAUUAUUAACCCAGAGGACAUAGAUCCAAGUGUUGGCAGGUUUAGAAACCUUAUACAGACAACAAUUGUACCCACAUCUUCAAAGAGAGCUAAAAUAGCGGAAAGCAUAGGCAUACAAAACACUGAAUUUAAAAUUCCUAAGAGUGUACACACUUCUCAUGCAACUACUCCUGAUCUCUAUAACGAUCUGCCCCCUGAAUCACAUUCAACUAAUACUGGUACAAGCAAUAUGAGCAUAUACAGUACACUUAGUUCGCGUUUGGGUAUGGUAUUGCCGAAUCCGGCGCCUGAUGUAGACAUUGGACAAAAUUUCCCAACUCCCACACCUUUUGUACCUCCACAAGUUCAAACAUCAGAUUCUAUGGAACCAAAGAAAAAGAAAUAUGCGAAAGAAGCAUGGCCGGGGAAAAAGCCUAUUCAGACUUUAUUGGUUUAAAACAGUAUAAUAAGAUAAGUAUCAAUUUGUUGUAUAUCAUCAAGUGUUGAAAUAAUUUAUUUUAAAUGAUUUUUAAAAUGAUCUAGAUGAAUUUUUAAUAUGUGAGGAUGUAAAAAAGUUAAUACAAGAAAAUAUAUUAUUUUCUAGUUGUUAAAUAUUAAUUUUGACAUCUACCAAAAUGUAGAAGAGAUACAAUUGACAGUUUGAAACGUACAUAGAUUUUUAUAGAAUAAUUAUUGGUGGAACCAUCUUUAAUUUUAUACAAAAUUAACCAAACCACACUUUUUACUGUAUCUCAUGUGCCGAAUUUUAAAGCAGAAAAUUAUGUAUAGAAAUACUUGCUCAAGAAGAAUUUUUCUAGACACUCAGUUAUAAUGGUAUAAACUUAAGAUUUAAUUUGUGUACCAUAGAAUUACUUAUUUUAUUUAUAAUUUCAAAUAAAAGAGGCAUAACAUAUCAAAAUUGAUUUUAUUACCCUUAUCUAUCUUUUAUCUAUGAUAAUUUAAAAUUUAAUUUUCUUAAAAGCCACAAUUUUUGAAUCCAAAAUGUAAUUCAGGAAAUCUUCACAAAAAUCGGUUAAGCCAGGCUUAUGUUUGAAUUGGUGAUUCUCAAAUGUAAAUGUUACCUGAAAAUAAAAAUGAAUGCUUGAAUUCCUCGGUUAAAUUCGUAUAUACAGGGUGUCCCUCAAUAGGUGUUACAAUCUAUAACAUCUUAAAGCCGUUAUUUUCUUUUAUUACAGAAAAAUAAGCCGAUAGCUAUCUCUUUCACACACAAGCGGUAGCAGAACUGCUUCAGUGACUUUUUCCAGUUUAUUUACUUAUAUUUUAAUUGUUUAUUGUUGUUUAUUAUCAAUUUUA